UCCCCAAAGAAUCGCGCUAAUCUUACUUUUCCUGCUCAAAAAGUAUGUCGACGCGGUGGUAUCCAAUUUAUCAGAGAGGCAAUCCUCAGUUGAGAGUCUUCCUGCCCAAUUUCUGGAUGAAAAUUGUGCGACCUGAACUCAAACAGCCGAAGAAUGUCGUCCAAUUUUCCUGCUCUCUGGAAAUGACCAAACACGAUAUCCGGAAUUACCUGGAGAAGAUCUACAAAAUCCCAGUUGUGGACGUGAGGACAAGAAUAGCAAUGGGGAAGACCAGUGAGGAUCCCGACUUUGGCUUCGUGAAGAAAGCUGAGGAUCAGAGACUUGUUUAUGUGACUUUGCCAAAAGACAUGACCUUCGAGUUCCCGAAUAUCUUCCCGGAAGAGAAGAAGGACAAGUUGAAGGAGGAAAAGUCCCUGGAUGAGGCCAAGAAUAAUCACAAGAAGUUCCUGGAGAGAAACAAAUCGCGGCCUUCUGUUCCUGGAUGGUAUUCAAUUUAGGCGCGAAUCGCUUUAGAAUCUUCAUCAAAUCAUAGUAGUUUUUCAAUAAACAUUCAGUCAAGUUGUGAUUAAGGCAAAGAAUUUUUGU